AUUUUAGAAGGCUAAGGCAGGUUCCCCAGCAGCCAGCCUAUAAUGUUGCGGAGUUUAGUGCAGCGCCCUGGCAAGCGCCCCUGUUAUUUAUUAGCACGGUCCACUACACGCCCAAACAGAUGUCUUGCCCAAUCAGCUGCUCCUCAAGUCUUCAACCCUGACGAUGUUGUCAAAACCAAAGUAGAGAACAUCAGGAAUAUCGGAGUGUCAGCACAUAUUGACUCCGGCAAGACCACGGUGUCCGAACGAAUUCUCUUCUACGGCGGGAGAAUAGACGCUAUUCACGAUGUCAAAGGUAAGGACGGUGUAGGAGCUAAGAUGGACAGUAUGGAACUGGAGAAGCAGCGAGGAAUCACCAUUAAAUCUGCUGCUACUUCUCUGCUCUGGAAAGGUAACCAGUUGAACCUGAUAGACACCCCCGGACACAUAGACUUCACAGUUGAAGUGGAGCGAGCUCUGAGGGUUUUGGAUGGUGCUAUUCUGGUUCUCUGUGCUUCAAGCGGUGUACAAACUCAGACCUACACAGUAUGGCGCCAGAUGAGGAGGUACAACGUUCCUUUUAUCAGCUUUAUUAACAAGAUGGACCGGUACGCUGCUAACGCUGAUAGAACUAUACAACAGAUGAGGGAUAAUAUGGCACUCAACGCUGCUUUCCUUUACUUCCCUAUAGGAGCUGAGAGGACGUUCGAAGGACUAGUAGACGUGUUGGGAGAGAGAAGUGUUUACUUUGAGGAGAACGGGGAGAAUGUGGUCUACAAGGACCUACCUACUUCUCUGGAGGGGGAACUGAUUACCAAGAGGAGGGAGCUGGUGGAGAGCCUUAGUAAUGUAGACGAGCAAAUCGGGGAAAUGUACCUAAUGGAGGAGGAGAUCAGUAACUUAGCUAUAGAGGAGGCUAUUAAGAGAUCAGUGAGAACACAGAGUUUUACUCCUGUUAUUUGUGGGUCUGCUCUUAAGAACAAGGGAGUACAGACUCUACUGGACUGUGUGAACACGUACCUUCCUAACCCUAGUGAGGUUCAGAACUACGCCAUCAACGCUCUCACAGAGGAGAAGGUGCUGAUGUCGUCUGAACGCUCUACCUCUAACCCAGCUGUAGGAUUAGCGUUUAAACUUGAGGAGAACCAGUUCGGUCAGCUCACCUAUAUUAGAAUGUACCAGGGCUGCUUUAAACGGGGCGGUCAGAUGAUCAAUACUAGAACCGGUGAGAAACAGAGGGUACCCAGAUUAGUUCUGAUGCACAGUAACGAGACUGAGAACGUGAUGGCUGCUUACUCUGGGGAUAUUGUAGCUAUGGUCGGUGCUGCAUGUGCUAGUGGGGACACGUUUGUGGACGCUAAGAUUCCUAAGAACGAUAUCGUCUCCAUGGAGAGCAUGUUUAUACCUGAACCAGUCAUCUCCAUGGCAAUCAAGAAUUUGCACCACAAAGAUGACGACAAGUUCUCAAAAGCACUCGCUCGCUUUGUCAAAGAAGACCCCACGUUCAGAAGUAAGUUUAACCCCGAGAACAAGGAGAUUGUUAUCAGUGGGAUGGGAGAAUUACAGUUAGAUAUCUACGCUGAGAGGAUAAGGAGGGAGUAUGACUGUGAAGUUCAGCUCGGAGAACCCACCGUCAAUUACAGAGAGACACUAACAAAGCCAGUAGAGUUUGCUGUUACCUACAAGAGACAGUCAGGAGGACGAGGACAGUUCGGGGAGGGUUACGGAGAGAUAGAGCCCUUAGAGGACGCGAACGCAGAGGUAGAGUUCGUUAACAGUGUGACAGGGGGGAUGAUAACCAGUAACUUUAUAAAGAGUGUGGAGAAGGGAGUGAGGGAAGCGUGUCUCGAGGGAGCACUCACUGGUCACAAGAUAUCAGGGAUAAGGUUUACUCUGAGAGGAGGCAGGACUCAUAACGUGGACUCGUCUGACUGGGCUUUCUCUAGAGUUGGGUAUUAUGCUAUAAAGGAGCAUUUUGUGGAGAAGGCUACUGUUCUGGAACCCUGGAUGGAUAUCGAGGUUUCAGCUCCUAAGGACUACAGUGGGGAUGUAAUACAGAGUAUAAACGAGAGAGGGGGUAAGAUGAAGGAUCUGGAUAUUCAGGAGGGUCUGUGUCAUGUGACAGCGUCUGCUCCACUGCAAGUCAUGUUCGGAUACAGCUCAUACCUCAGGAAACACACAUCUGGAAUGGGAACGUUUACGAUGGAAUUUAAAGAAAACAAAGAAGUAGAUUACCACUUACAAGAGCAGCUAAUCUCCAAAUACAGGGACUCUAAAGCUUAUAAGAACCAACAGGCUUCUGGAGUCGGGGUCUAGGACCACAGAUCUAAACUACCACUACCAGUGCCUGGAGCUGAACCGGUGCCUGAGAGUGGACCGGAGGGUGACUGUUUGGUGUUCUUUAAUUCUACACAAUAUGUCUGUGUUCCGUGAUCUAAAGCUAUUGAAAUUUGAAGGACUGAUUUGAACUGAUUUGAACUGCAUAGUGUGACCUCGAUUUAAUAUGCUAGAUGGAUAAUGAUAUGCCUAGUUAAAUGAAAAGGUUGAAGUUUUGCCUUUUUAAUGGUGUUAAAUUUUGAGAAUAUCUGAACACCGUGACCUGAUUGUACUUGAUUUAUAAUGUUUCAAUAUUUAUUACAGCACCUGAAA